UUCCAUUUCCCUCACUUGUAUUCCUUUCUUAGUUUUCAGUUUUCACUUUUUUCUCUCACUCAGAGCUGCUGUGAACGAUAAUGGAGUGGCAAUCGCAUACGCACACCCAAAUGCAAACUCAAGCGAGCAAGACCAGCUCCAGAAAACGACCGGUGAAGAAAGACAAGUUAUCUUUGGAGGACUACCUCGAUUUCCUUCACUCUCUCCAAGCGGUUGAUCUCAGUAUGAACCAUCUCAAUCAGAUCAUCUUUAUCCACGGCUUCAGGAAACUCCACAAACAAACCAAGAAAGUUCUGGUCGAUUCUGUGAAUGCGCUUGAACUUAUGGAUUUGCGGCGAUCCACACUCAGCCAGAGUGUGUCUGCCUCCGCAACUCUCGCACUCGAGGAUGUAAUCGUUGAUCUCAACGACCUAGGCUGGCAAGAGUGCUGUGUUACCUCCGUUUACAGUCUCAAUUCUUGUACAGAGAACUCCCCGCCUCUCGAUCAAAAACCGCAAGUCACCAGACACUUGCAGACCAGUUCUCGAGCCAAGACUUCUGAAAAGUCAAUGGAUGCUAAUAUACUCAGUGGCCUCCUCCCUAAAGCUUCGCAGAAUAGCCGGCGAGCCAGGAAAAUGGCGCCCAAGCGCAGGAGGAUCAAUGGCAGCGAUGCUCUUGACUGUGCUUCGACUAUGGAUUCCGUCUCGCUCGCCUCUAACUGAACGCGGUGGUUCGUUUUUUUUUUUAACAUACUUUAACUUCUAACGAUAACGAUAUUGCUAGACGUUUCCGUUGUUAGUUUUUACCUUAUUCUUUAAUAUUUUGCCGAGGUAAAAGUUUGAUUACAUCAGUAGCUGGAGAAUACUGAAUACAUGCGCAACGUUACAUCAAUAUUAUUUCCAUGUCCAAGUGGUUGAGCCCAAA